AAUAGCAAAAUGACAAGAUAAGUACAAACAAUGUGCUCAAUCCAGAUAUUAUUUGUUUCAACAAUCGCACACGUGGAUUAACGUAACUGCGACGUAAGUCCGGCUCGCAAGAAAACGAAUCACAGUCGCGGACGAUUGGUUGAUGAAAAGCUACAAUUCAAUUUGCUAUGAAAAACAAAGUCGACCAUAUCGAAGAUUUAUUAAUUUAUCUGAAACGGAUCUUUUCCAUCGGAGGGAUAUGGCCAUUCGAACGGUCGUACGUCCGUUUUGCGAUUUACGUCGCGUAUCAAAUUCAUUAUUUCGUUAUGGCGUAUACCGAGUUUUACAACGUUUUCGGUAAUCUCGAGCUGAUGGUGAUGAGCCUCGUGGAAACGAUAGUUUACACCUCGACGUUCGUGAUAGUGUUGCUGAUCCGUUGCAGCAGUUUAUUGAAGAUCGUAAUCGACGAAGUGAAGAGGGAUUUGGCAGAGCAAGAGUUUGAGAAUCCCGAGGAAGAGAUAAUUUACUACGAUUACAAUCGCAUAUCCAAGAUAUUUACGUACGGUUCGAUCGUCGGC